ACCAUAUAUAAUAUUUGCCGUCUUUCUCCAUAAGGCACCAAAGGCAACUGAACCAUUGUAACGAUAACACAAUGGGUUGUAUACAAAGCUUCAGGCAAUGCUGUGACCGGCCGAAAAAUACCUAUGUCCGAAUUAGUCUUCCAGCAGUGUGUUUCGUAUGGCAAAUUGCCAUGAUCAUCUUAUUCGGCAUUUUUAUCCGUUAUAACGAGGAAUCCGACGCACAUUGGAUAGAGCAUAAAACAUUUAAUAACAUAUCCAGUAACAUUGAGAACGACUUCUAUUUCAGAUAUCCAAGUUUCCAGGAUGUCCAUGUGAUGAUCUUUGUGGGCUUCGGUUUCCUCAUGACCUUCCUGAAGCGCUACAGCUUCGGUGCCGUUGGCUUCAACUUCCUCAUCGCCGGCUUCGGCCUUCAGUGGGCACUUCUGAUGCAGGGAUGGUUCCACUCUCUGGACCCAAUGGACGGCAAGAUCAAGAUCGGCGUGGAGAGCAUGAUCAAUGCAGACUUCUGUGUAGCCAGCUGCCUGAUAGCGUACGGGGCGGUGCUAGGCAAGGUGAGCCCAGUCCAGUUGAUGGUGAUGACGCUUUUUGGAGUCACUCUGUAUGCUGUGGAGGAGUAUAUCAUCCUCAGCCUCAUACAUGCCAGGGAUGCUGGUGGCUCCAUGGUGAUCCACACAUUUGGGGCUUAUUAUGGUCUGUCCAUCUCGUGGAUGCUGUACCGGCCCAACCUGGACCAGAGCAAGCAUCGGAUUGGCUCCGUCUAUCAUUCAGACGUCUUUGCCAUGAUCGGAACCCUGUUCCUGUGGAUGUUCUGGCCUAGUUUUAACUCGGCCAUCUCGGACCACGGGGAUGGGCAGCAUAGAGCAGCCAUCAACACCUACCUGUCCCUGGCCGCCACUGUCCUCACCUCCAUAGCCAUCUCCAGUCUCUCCCAGAAGACCGGCAAGCUGGACAUGGUUCACAUCCAGAACGCCACACUGGCCGGGGGAGUUGCCGUGGGAACGGCAGCGGAAUUCAUGCUAAUGCCUUAUGGGUCUCUGAUUGUAGGAUUCUGCUGUGGCAUCAUCUCCACCCUGGGCUACAUUUAUAUCACGCCAUUCAUGGAGAAACAUCUGAAGAUCCAUGACACGUGUGGCAUCCACAACCUCCAUGCCAUGCCUGGGGUCAUAGGGGGCAUUGUGGGCGCCAUCACUGCUGCAGCCGCCAGUAAAGGUGUCUAUGGCAAGGAGGGGUUGACAAACACGUUUGACUUUGAUGGGAAAUGGAAAGAUAUGUUGCCGACCCAGCAGGGAGGACACCAGGCAGCAGGGCUCUGUGUUGCCCUCUGCUUUGGAAUCGGAGGAGGAAUCAUUGUUGGCUGUAUCCUGAGGUUACCAAUCUGGGGGGAUGCUCCUGAUAACAGCUGCUUUGAUGAUGACAUCUACUGGGAGUUACCUGAGGAUGAAGAGAACAAUCCACCUACCGUGGAGUACAAUAACCACAUGCGGAACAAGGACUUAACAGAAUCGAAUAUAUCUUUGGAACGGAGACAGAACUGACGCUAGAGCCUGAUGUCAUCUCCCCCCUGCACUUUCAACUAAUGGUCCUAUCCUACACUGACUCCUGCUGGACAGAAACCAGUCAUCUCCUCUUCACCACUCUUUAUACUGUUCUGUUCAUGGAAUGUAUAGAAACACUGAUACUUGUUAUCUUUAAUGAAAUCACAUUGGAAAAUAAUAAAAUAGACAGAUAAAAUUGAUGGUGGCAUGUUUUAUCACCAGUCAGGCAUAUGUCGAAUCACAAGCAGACUCUUAAUCAUUCAUAUUAACUGUAAAAUAGGCUACUGUAUGUGACUGUACACAAUGUCUUUAUACAGCCCACACCUCCGGUGAUGCUGGUGCUCCAAUAAUUAUUGCAGUUUUUUUAGGUCCCUUUGCUGGGGUGUUUCAUAGGGGGGCCAAGGGGGGACCAAGAACCGUUCAUGGGUGGCAAUGGGAAAUCAGCAAAUUGGCUUCAACUAUGAUGUAUUGAAUAGCUGUUUCAACUGGUCAUUUUCGUCUGCCCUAAUCUAUUUAAAUAAAACAAUAAUUCA